AUGCUCUCUCUUUGCUCUUCAUCCAACACUCGUGAACUCACUCCGCCGCCAUCGUACGCUCAUACCACUGCCACAGUUAUUCCCAUUGAAGAGCCAAUCAAACGAAUUCAUGCGAAAACACUGAAGUCAAACGACAUCAAGUUGGAAUGGAUUCCUUUCACAACGACUCACAUUGCAACCUAUAGCGCCGUAGCGGUGAUUGCGCUUGUUUACAAUGGAGUCUGUUUCGCUCACAAUUAUGGUCGGAUGCCGUUGGCUAAGCAGAAUAUUUUCGACGAUAUUUUCGGUGAGGAGGCACUGCUGUACUCAGUCUGCAUGCAAUGGCUUUUGAUAUUUUCAAUUUUUCUGGCCGGAAUCACAUUGGAGCGUUGUAUUUUGGCCACAAACGGAAAUGCAGUGCUCUUCGUCAUCAACAUCAAAAAAGUCGCAGAUAAUGUCAUAUCUCGUGAAUCACGGUACUUCAUAUUCGUAUCUCUUCUUUUCGGUCUCUCACUAGUGCUCUGCAUCGUCUAUCUCACUGCACUGGCCUACUAUAGAAAAGAGAAGAGGUAUUACCGCUCAAUGGUUUUGUCAUCCACAACAUUUCAAUUGAAGAGAAGAUAUUUGGCCGAAGAGGCAGUACAGAAAUUCUACCCUUCUUAUCCAUACGUUAGCGGGAAUCCUGUGUCACUGUCGCCAAUUAUCGCGUGA